UGUUCAACAGUUGAGAAUCACCGGGGAACGGGUCACCGGUGAAACCUGCAGGUUUUACUCCGAUUCAAUAAGGAUACCCGUUAAAUUCUGAUUUCAGACACCGCCACAGGAAUAUAACAACAUGGUGGUGGUAGCAACAGGGACCGGAGGGCCCCACAAAGUGCUCCUUAUCUCCGGGAAACAGAGCGGCUCGUCGAGCGGCUCGCAGGCCGGAUACAACCGGCCCAUCUCGGUCGUUUUACCGUCAUCUGCGAGCCCGGCGUCGUCCGAUUCAGACUCCAACUCCUCCGCGGGGCCGCCCAUCAGAAAGAGACAGAGGCUCACACACUUGAGUCCGGAGGAAAAAGCACUUCGGAGGAAACUCAAGAACAGAGUCGCAGCCCAGACAGCCAGAGACAGGAAAAAGGCCAAAAUGGGAGAGCUGGAACAGCAAGUCCUAGAGUUGGAGCUGGAGAAUCAGAAACUUCACAUUGAAAACAGGCUACUUCGGGAAAAAUCGAGCGGCCUACUGACAGAAAAUGAGGAACUGAGACAGAGACUUGGGUUGGACACCCUCGACUCAAAAGAGAAGGUUCAGGGUUUGUUGUCCAGUGGGAACGAAACAGGUUUGGGGAUCGGGUCUUCUGAGCGCAGCACUCAGGCUACGUGUGCCUCCGCAGCAGGUGCAGGCCCAGCAGUCCCUAAAUCUGAAGACUUCUCAAUGGAUACAGAUGGUCCUGACACUACAGACAAUGAGUCUGAUUUGCUCCUGGGCAUUCUGGACAUCCUUGACCCAGAGCUGUUCCUCAAGUCUUGUGAACAGGAGUGCGAGGAGCCGCAGGUGCUGCUGGUCGGAGGGGGGAACCCAGUACCUGCCGCCACACCUGCGCCUCUGGGGGCCCCAUCAGUUAAGCUGGAGGCCCUUAAUGAACUGAUCCACUUUGACCACAUUUACACCAAGCCCGUGGAGGAGGUGAGCGACGGGCAUUGCAGCGACUCGGAGAGCGAAACGGACGAGAAGAUCGACGACGAAGACGACGAGCUGGCCGCCUUCCCCGUGGCCGACGUGGUGGAGGUGGAGGACGAGACCGUCUGCAUCAAAGACGAGCCGGAGGAAGUGGUCAUCCCCAGCUGUGAGAGUCACAGUCAGGUGGAUGACAUCUUCUCUGGAGACUCCUCCUCCGCCCUCAGCGGCCUGGAUAAGGAAGCCUGCCUUGCGGACACCUACAGCGACUCCGGAUACGAAGGGUCCCCUUCCCCUUUCAGCGACAUGUCCUCUCCCCUGUGCUCAGAGAGCACCUGGGAAGACAUGUUCGCCAAUGAACUCUUCCCCCAGCUAAUCAGUGUCUGAAUCAACCAUCCGGCCCAAUAAGUUAUAAUAUAUAAAUAUAUAUAUAGGGUGGAUUCGGGUAAUGUGGGACACUUACUUGAGGUUUGGCUGGUUUAUUUCCUGCUUAAAGUAAAUAUAGUCAUCAAAACCUUUUACUAUUGGUCUACCAUGGGUGUCAUGUGACUGAAAUUCCAUAAAAUGUUUUUAAAUUUAGAAAAAUAUAACAAAGUCAAAAUUGCAAAAAGUGUCCCACAUUACCCAAAUUCUCUAUCCACCUAAGAGCUAAUGUAGUGUUCAUUAACUACAGAUAAGCACACAAUGCUUCAUAGUAACCUAGAACACCACUGAAUCUGCUCCUAUAUAGGCUAAACUUAAGCUCAUAAUCUCCUUUUAUUACAGCAGGUCUGUACCACUGGCGAUGCUGCAUUGACUUGUGGGUGAUGGAGUUUAUGACUGCUUAUUUUUAGCGUCCUUUAAUUACUACAGAGGAUUUAAGAUUGAUUACAAAAUAUUUCGCUCACUGUUCCCAGACGACAUGUGAGUGGAAUCCAGUAUUUCUGUAAAUUAAUAAGGGGGAUGGGGGACCGCUCAUUUAAAUAUAACCUUUUUAUUUAUUUGUGUAUUCUGUAUUCGGAGUCCUAGUAUGUCCGCAUGUAAAAAAUCGCUUUCUUCUAAUUUGUUGACGCUCUCCAUGUAGUCUAAUUACUGCAUUAAAAAACUUUUUGCAUUGCA